AGAGAGGACGCAACGAUACUAUAGAAUUUGAAAAUGUCCCUUUGUCUCACACACACGUGAAAAACAAGAAACGACGAAUCAACGAAUCUAAAUCGUGAGAUUUGUAAUCACAUUUUCGGGCGGGAUGAUUGAAAGUUUGUUUUCGUGGGCCAGAGACCACUGUUGAAAUAAAUCUGCAUAGUAUGUUUUAUGGCUACUUUUAUGAUACGAUCAUUAAAACAUUUGAGCAAUAAUAUAAUUUUAACCAUCGCUAAAGAAAAGAAAACUGAUAUGGAGCGACCAUCGAGGAAGACAAAGCUUGUAAAUUAUUCAGAUUUCCAGGACUUGGCUGAUGAUGAUGAUUUUGCCUCUGUGAAAGCACCACCCAGCAAAAAAGCCAAGGAGAGUGUGAAAGAGCCAGCGCAGGAGAAGAGCAAGAAAUCUUCAAACAAGGCCUCCAGUCAAGAGACUAGCUCACAACCCAUAGGCCACAAGAACAGGAAACCAUUGGAUGAGAAGCUGUAUGACAGAGAUUUGGAAGCAGCUCUUACUCUGUCGUUGCUUAAAACCACCGAGAUAAAUGAGGAAAAAUGUUCUUAUAAUCCAGAAAAAUAUGUCAAGAAUCAACCACAAAGAGAUGGUGAAAAUCUGGAUCCAUCAUUACGCCUUUCCAACUCCAGUGUGGACAUCAACCUUUUAGGCCUUGACCAGAUCACGAAUGAUCGGGGAUCCCCUUGCACCCCCUCCAGACAGAGGAAGGCAGCUUCCAAGGCUACAGAGCAGCAAAGGAGCAUGCUGAAGGAUGACGAUGAGGACUACAAUCCCAAAGGGACACCAGAUUCAGAGAGUGAUGUUGAUUUCAGUGAUCCAGCUGAAAGUGAUGAUGAUGAGUUCACAGUAAAGAAACCAAAGAAAAAGAAGACAGAAGAGAAGACAGCCAAGAAGGAGCAACCAAAAGCUAAACAGCCUUCAAAACCAUCAAAAACCAAACCACAUUUGACAGGGACUCCCAGUCUAAAAACUCCCACCUUAGGUAGAAGUCCAACUGCCAAGCCAGCCUCCGUGCCCAAGAGGUCUCCUGGCACUUCUCCUGUCUCCAGACCUGCAGUCUCUGGCAGUCCAGUGGGGGGCAGAAUACCCAAGUGGAAUCCUCCAGGUCACGUUGGAAGAAGUCCCGGCUCAUCACAGAGUGCCCCAGUGAAGUCUCCAGGGCAGGGUCUAAGACUUGGACUGUCUCGCAUGGUGCGGGUCAAACCCCUUCACCCCAGUGUUGCUAGUCACUGACCCCACCUAUCUAUUAGAGGGGCUCUGUAAUUGACAAUUCACUUUCAGGAUUUCUUUUGUAAUCCUCUAGAUCUGUCUAUUUUAUAAGAGGCAUUAAAAUUGUACUGUAAAUUA